UGAUGGUUAAGUUUCUUGCCUGACUCCGGACAAGCAAAGCAUCAUGAAGGUCUUCGUAGCUCUCGCCAUUCUGGCCGUGGCAUCGGCUGCCCCACAGUUCGGUGGUGCCGGCUCCAACGCCAACGCCAAUGCCAACGCUGCGGCUGAAGGUCAGGGCGGACAGCGCGGACCUGGAUUCGGAGGCCCUGGCGGACAAGCAGGAUUCGGCGGACCUAACCACGGCGGACAUCAUGGUGGUCAUGGUGGUCGUCCUGGUGCUCAAGGCGGAUUUGGCGAAGCCGGAGGAUUCGGUGGUCCUGGAGGCAACUUCGGAGGCGGUCCCGGAGGAUUCGGUGGCCCAGGAGGCAACUUCGGAGGCGGUCCCGGAGGAUUCGGUGGCCCAGGAGGCAACUUCGGAGGCCGUCCCGGAGGAUUCGGUGGCCCAGGAGGCAACUUCGGAGGCGGCAAUGCCGAUGCCAGCGCCAGUGCCAACGCCAAUGCCGAAGGAAAUGGAUUUGGAGGAGGCAAUGCCAACGCCAACGCUAAUGCCAAUGCCAGUGCCAAUACCCGCGGUGGCGGCAGCGCCAGUGCUAACGCUAAUGCUGUGGCCAGCGCUGUGGGCAAGUAAUCAAAGAAGACGAUCCCAACUUUCCCAGUGAUUUAGUUUUUUAAUAUUUAUACAAAAAUUAAAAUAUUUAAAAAAACUGAAUAAGAA